UUUAGAUGUAUGCUUUAUUUGGAGCCCUUAUCAGGGUAUGAUAAAUAUUAUUGGUAAAGGCCCUUUUUAGGGCCGAAUACCAAUCAGCUAGGAUAUGGAUAUCGAUGGAACAAGUAAAGGCAAAAUGUGUCUGCACAAAAUUUGUUGUAUUAUGGACAUGGACGGAUUUUCGUGCAAAUUUACUAAUGAUAGAACACAGUUUAGAACUGAAUUUCUGAUCCGAGAAAUCGGGUAUGUACGAUUUAAUCCAGAAGCGGGAAAUUUCCAGCCGUCAUCUUACAGGUUUGAUCUUCGCUGUUUCAAACAAGAAUUAAGUAGCAAAGAUGUUCUUCAAACCGUAAAUUACCAAACACGUCGUAUAACUGGAAUGUCUGUAUUUCCGUCUUCUGAAGAAGAAGUUUAUGAUUACGCAGAUAGAUUUGCUAUAAUUCAGUCAAUUUAUGACAGAUGUAAGCGACCGGGAUUUGAUAUCGUCGCUUUUAAAGGCGGUGAUUUUGAAAAAGUUAUUUUCAAGGAACUUAAAAUACCACAUAUCGAUUUAGGUCAUUAUGGUUGCCCAAAAUUCGAUGAACUCGUCCAACGGCAAUCGGUUUUCUCCAAUAUGAAGAACUGUGGCCAUCAUAAUUAUUUACUGGUGAAGAAAAUAAUUCAUUGUCCAUUAGCAGAAGUUGUUGCUUUCAAGGACUGGUUAAUUAUGAAUUCAUUGACGCUGAAUUAUAUUUUAGAAACAAGAAUUCAGAGACAUGGGCAUUCGCGAAGGGCGGAUGAGGAUGCUGGGGCACAUGAGUAAGCUGGGAAUCAAAUAAAAAGAAAGGUUCAUGCCGAAGUUGCCGAUGCAGCUCCUCAAGCGAAUCUUCAUCUGCUUCACAGUCAGCGCAUUCUCUUUGGGAGUCAUCGGAAUCUUCAGAUUCGGACUAAACUCAUCAGAAACCAAGCUGAUUCCACAGUUUUUGUCACCUUCCGUAUCUAAGUCAGUGAUAGAGUUCCUGCCUUACGUCCAGCGAUUUGAUCCUUCUAGGAUAUGUGGCUCCAGAGGUCUAGUGCUGGUCAACUCAGCUCCAAAAAAUUUGCUCAACCGUCAGGCCAUUCGAGAGACUUGGGGGCAUCCUGCCAUGACACGAUCAUCGAAUUUGACUGUGGCUUUCGGAUUCGGCAAAAGUGAAGACAUCAUUUCCGAAAGACAAUUGAACUGGGAAUCUGCAGUCUACGGUGAUGUGUUUCAUUCACCGUUUGCGGACACAUUUGAAACCUUGCCCAAGAAAGUGCUGAGCUUGUUGGACACAGCGUACAAAGCAUGUCCGGAGCCAAUACCUUUUAUAAUUAAAGUAGACGAUGAUGUGUUCGUUAAUUUAUUUUCUCUUGAAGAUCUUAUUACAGAACUGCACACUCAUGCCAAGGAAAAGAAAAUCUGGUGCCUAGUUUGGGAAAGAAUGCCUGUCAUAAGAUCACCUGAAUCCAAGUACUUGGUUCAUCACUCUGAUUUCAACGAGAGUACAUAUCCUGCAUACUGUUCAGGUCCAGCCUAUAUUCUCAGUUCUGUUGCUUUGAAAGCCAUUCUUAAACAAUUCUAUGAAACAGAAAAGGGAGAAACUAGUUUUCCUUUAGAAGAUGUUUACAUUACUGGUAUACUUGCCAAAGCAAGUAGGCUCCUUCACGUGCAAAUUGGAACCAGAUAUGCAUUCAGUUCUCUCAACGAGAAAGAUGUCACAUCUGGAAAAACCAUUUUUGCUCACUUAGGUUCAACUGCUGCAGAGUCUAUCAAAUACUUUUGGAAUGUUCUAAUGUCAAAGAAAACUGAUGUACUUAAAAAGCACACGACUGCCUUAACUUAAUAAAGUUAUUUUAUGCUUUUCUA